AUGGCCUGGUCGCCGGCCAAGUUCAGCGCGCUGGCCGUAGUGUUUCUGCUCCUGGCCGUGGUGUCGGUGGUUCUGAGAUUCUGGGCGCGGAGGAACUCGAGGGCUCGAUUCGGCGCCGACGAUGUCUUGAUUAUUCCGGCCACACUAUGUGUCGUCGGCAUUGCUGCUACCAUGAUCCUGGGCACGCAAAUCGGGAUGAUGGCGCAGCACCAGACGAACGAAUAUGCCCCCGAUGGACAACCCAUAUACACAAAGGCGUUGGCCAAUUAUGAAAAGUGCAACUACGUCCUGCAGCUGCUCCCAUUGGCCUCGCUCGGACUAAGCAAGACCUCAGUCCUCAUCUUCUACCGCCGCAUGUUCUUUAUGUACCACCGCUUCUUGAUUUUCAACACUGUCAUGAUGGUGAUCGUGGCCUGCUGGGCAAUCUCCUUCUUCUUUGGCACUCUGUUCCAAUGCAGAGACCCGCGGACUCUGUGGACGACCUUUGAAAACGCGCGCACAGGCUGCAUCGACACGAUCCAGUUCUACUAUGCGGUUUCCAUCAGCGGGUUUAUCACCGACUUGAUGAUUCUAAUCUCGCCUCUGCCCAUUAUCUACAAGAUGAACCUGCCGCUAAAGAACCGCAUUGCCGUGGCCGACUUCACCACCCCCGUCUUUGCAUGGACGAUGAUUGAGAGCUCUCUCGCCGUAGUCGGCGCCAAUCUCCCGCUGCUGCGCUCACUCCUUCUCAGGAAUACCUACUCAUCAGCGCUGGGUUCCUGGGCGCAGUUCCGGCUGCUAAGGUCGAAACGCUCGACAAUCAAUGACAGUCUUAACCCUGGCCCUUCCGUGCAGCUUACGGACCAAAGUAAAUCCAGCCAGGAUGAGAUAGCGAGGAAAGAAAGUGAGCAGGGCGAAAGGUCUAUGGUCUCGGACAGAAAUAUAUAUCCUACGACAACAAUAUCUCAUGUAUGA